GGGACCGAAGGAGCGCGGAUCCCGGUUCUCCGAUCGCAAACUCCGAGCCACAGCUUUCCGCGCGCACCCGAGCCUCUGGCCGCCCGCUCAGCCCGACGCUGAACAGGGGCGCAGCGGGAGCCCGUGCAGGGCGGGCGCGGGGCGGCGGCGGCGGCCGUCCAUGAGGCGUGCUCGGGGCUGCCCGGCGCCGGGAAGCACGCGGGGGCGAGGCGAGGCGGCCGCCGGCCGAUCCGGGACGCGGACCGCCAGGAGUUGGACACCACUCCCAUCUGCGGAAAAUUGGUAACAUCUUAGAGGAGCCCUUGCCUCUUCCCGGACGCCCAGCAUCAUGUUUUCUCAUUUCAUGGGGUCUCUCAGCGUCCUGGGUUCCCUCCUACUGCUUGGACUCCAGCUCGUCUGCCCACAGCCCUCCACUGAACACAGAAAGGUCCCGCAGCGGAUGGCGGCGGCCCAGGGCGUCCCCGAGGACGGCGGCGGCGGCGCCCCGGGCGUGUGGGGCGCCUGGGGGCCCUGGUCCGCCUGCUCGCGUAGCUGCAGCGGCGGCGUGAUGGAGCAGACGCGGCCCUGCCUGCCCGGCUCGUACAGCGCGCGCGGGGCCCUGCGGCCCGGAGCGCCCCCGCGCGCCUUCGCGGGCCACGUGGUGUCGGCAGUGCGCACGUCGGUGCCGCUGCACCGGAGCCGCGACCGCGAGGAGCCGCGCGCCCCCGCCGGCCCCGACGCCAGCCGCCAGGGCCCGGGGCAGCGGGGCAGCCGGCACCCGCAGGCGCGGGGCCGCGACCCCACGGCGGAGAGCAGGAGCAGGACCCGCGGUCCCAUCGGCCCUGGCAAGUAUGGCUACGGGAAGGCCCCGUACAUCUUACCACUGCAGACGGACUCCGCACACUCGCCGCAGAGGCUUCGGAGGCAGAGGCCCCCGUCCCGGCAUUCCAGGACCCAGGGGGCAUCCGGUCCUAGCCACGGCUACGGCCCGCCGGCCCACCGGGCUCCCCAGCAUGGGCCUCUGUACCAGAGUGAUGGUGGCCCUCGUUCUGGACUGCAGACCUCCAAGGCCUCCCUCUACCAGCGGCCCUUGACCCUCGACCAAGGCUUUCCCGCAGCUUCCAGUCUCUUCCACGGCCCGGAAACCAGCAGCAACCAUGGCAUGGGGGCCCCCAGGGCAGCUCAGAGCUUCUCGCAGCCCGCCCGGUCUGCAGCCAUCUCCUGCAUUGGGGCCUAUCGGCAGUACAAGCUGUGCAACACCAAUGUGUGUCCAGAAAGCAGUAGAAGCAUCCGGGAGGUCCAGUGCGCAUCCUACAACAACAAGCCGUUCAUGGGCCGCUUCUAUGAAUGGGAACCAUUUGCAGAAGUAAAGGGCAACCGAAAGUGUGAGUUGAACUGCCAGGCAAUGGGCUACCGCUUCUACGUCCGGCAAGCUGAGAAGGUCAUUGAUGGUACCCCCUGUGACCAGAAUGGCACGGCCAUCUGCGUGUCUGGGCAGUGCAAGAGCAUUGGCUGUGAUGACUACCUGGGCUCGGACAAAGUGGUGGACAAAUGCGGGGUGUGCGGAGGCGACAACACGGGCUGUCAGGUUGUGUCAGGCGUAUUCAAGCACGCCCUCACCAGCCUGGGCUACCACCGAGUGGUCGAGAUUCCCCAAGGAGCCACCAAAAUCAACAUCACCGAGAUGCACAAGAGCAACAACUAUUUGGCUUUGCGAAGUCGUUCUGGCCGCUCCAUCAUCAACGGGAACUGGGCAAUUGACCGGCCGGGAAAAUACGAGGGCGGAGGGACCAUGUUCACCUACAAGCGUCCAAAUGAGAUUUCGAGCACCGCCGGAGAAUCCUUUUUGGCUGAAGGCCCCACGAAUGAGAUCUUGGAUGUCUAUAUGAUACACCAGCAGCCCAACCCAGGAGUCCACUAUGAGUACGUCAUCAUGGGGACCAAUGCCAUCAGCCCACAGGUGCCUCCUCACAGGAGACCAGGGGAGCCCUUCAACGGCCAGCUGGGGACACAUGGGAGGGGCCAGGAGGAGGGAGAAGAGAAAGAGGAAGCUGAGGAGAAGGAAGAUGUGCACGGCGGGGCCCCCGAAGUAUUCACCUCGGAAUCGGCACAGACCUUCCCAGUCAGGCAUCCGGAUGGAUUUUCUUCCCAUCGGCCAGACAAUGUGGUGCCGGCAGCACCACAGCCCCCGCGGCGAAGCCGGGACCACAACUGGAAGCAGCUGGGGACCACAGAAUGCUCCACAAGUUGUGGGAAAGGAUCGCAGUUCCCUAUUUUUCGCUGUGUGCACCGAAACACCCACGAAGAGGUGCCCGAGAGCUACUGCGACUCCAGUAUGAAGCCCACCCCCGAGGAGGAGCCCUGCAACCUGUUCCCUUGCCCAGCCUUCUGGGACAUCGGAGAGUGGUCCGAGUGCAGCAAAACCUGCGGCCUGGGCAUGCAGCAUCGCCAGGUCCUGUGCCGCCAGGUGUACGCCAACCGCAGCCUGACGGUGCAGCCCUACCGCUGCCAACACCUGGAGAAGCCCGAGACCACCAGCACCUGCCAGCUCAAGAUCUGCAGCGAGUGGCAGAUCCGGACGGACUGGACCUCGUGCUCAGUGCCCUGCGGGGUGGGACAGAGGACCCGAGACGUGAAGUGUGUGAGCAACAUCGGGGACGUGGUCGACGAUGAGGAAUGCAACAUGAAGCUCCGGCCGAACGACAUUGAGAACUGUGACAUGGGGCCCUGUGCCAAGAGCUGGUUCCUCACCGAGUGGAGUGAAAGGUGCUCAGCAGAGUGUGGGGCUGGAGUGCGGACACGCUCGGUGGUGUGCAUGACCAACCACAUCAGCAGCCUGCCCCUGGAGGGCUGUGGGAACAACCGACCCACGGAGGCCACGCCAUGUGACAAUGGGCCCUGCACAGGCAAGGUGGAGUGGUUUGCAGGGAGCUGGAGUCAGUGUUCCAUCGAGUGUGGGAGUGGGACCCAACAGAGGGAGGUGAUUUGUGUUAGGAAGAAUGCAGACACCUUUGAAGUGCUGGACCCCUAUGAAUGUUCCUUCCUGGAGAGACCCGCCAGCCAGCAAGCAUGCCACCUCAAGCCUUGCGGGGCCAAGUGGUUUAACACAGAAUGGAGCAUGUGUUCCAAGAGCUGCCAGGGUGGCUUCCGGGUCCGCGAAGUGCGCUGCCUGUCAGAUGACAUGACCCUAAGCAAUCUCUGUGACCCUCAGUUGAAACCAGAAGAGAAAGAAUCGUGUAACCCUCAGGACUGUGUCCCUGAAGUUGAUGAAAACUGCAAGGACAGGUACUACAACUGCAACGUGGUGGUGCAGGCGCGACUCUGCGUCUACAAUUACUACAAGACCGCCUGCUGCGCGUCCUGCACUCGCGGGGCCAACAGGCACGCGGGCUUCCUGGGGAGCAGAUAACACCCCCGCGCCGCGGCAGGAGGGCAGGUCCGGGAGGUGGGGAGCAGGGGGGCUGGCCGGCCGCUGCUCCACCGGGGACUGCCCCCUACCCCCCCGUGCUGCCAGCCGGCGUAGUCACCACCCCCACCUUCGGGAAAGCGUCCACGUGGUGCCCCGGAGCCAAGCCACUGUUGUCCUUUAGCAUCGCCAUAAACCGAUGAUCCCUCCUUGGGAGCCCUGGCACCUGGUGAGGUGCUCUCUGAAAGCCAAGCGGUGGGGGGUGGGGGGGUGCUCGUAGUUCUCCAUCAACUCCCGUGCUAGCACUUUCUAAGUCAGCAAGUCGGGCCCUCAUGCGGCGCUGCCUUGUCGAUGGUGCUUCUGGCCUUUUCAAUAUCGGGGUCCCUCGGAGAGUCGGAAGAGGCGGCUCCCACCCCGGAGCCCCACUUAGCCUUGCUGAGACGCCUGCUUCCCACUGUUACCUCAGCCGGUGGUGCCUAUUUUCAUACACUCAAAGACAUGAGGCUUUUUCCUGCCUUGUGACAUAAAUAUCUCCUGUCAAAGAGUGCUUGAUUAUUUCGCAGGUGUAUUCACAGAUACUAGAUCAGUAGUGGCGCACAAAGUCCUGGAAUGGGAGCCAGGGACUGAAUCAUUAUCCCCAUUUUACCGAGACUCAACUUAAGGAAUUGACCUGCCAGGUAUAUUCACCUGUUCGGUGGCAGGGUUGAGUCCAACCACACAGCUCACCUGCCUAAAAGCCUUAGGUCUACAAGAUGCAGGUUCAUUUCAGACCAAGCGACUGAGAAAUUUCCCACUCAGCAAUCAAAGCCCAGCUCUAGAAUUCUUUCCUCUGGCCAGAGGUCAAGACAGCAUCCUCGGCACUCAGUUGUUUCCCACGUCUCUUUCUGUUUAUCUCUUCCCGACAAGGUCCCGGAUCCUGGUUACAGGACUCUGUGCAGGUUUUGUUAAACCCCAUCCUUAAUGGAAUUGCCCUUGACACAAGAAAGCCACUGGGGUAGCAAGGUGAUGCCUGAAAUUCUGAUUCCGUUCCCCAGGGGAUAUGUGCCCCCCAGGGAACGGCACACCAGGGGGCCCCCAGCCGUGGUGCCUCUCAAGUCUGUGCCCUGGGCUCUCCCACGUCUGCAGCCACCUACCCUGGGCUGGGCGCCACACCUCACCCAGUGGAAUGUCUGACCAACCGGUCUUAGCAUAAAACCUGUGUUUGUAUUAGAAAGAGUCUCCCUUUGGUUUUUCCAGUAUGAUUUAUGGAUUUCUGUUUGUGAUUUCUCAUCCCUCCCUCCCACUACGACUCGCAACCUGUAUCUCACCAUCCAGACUCGAGCACUAAGAUCUGCAUUCAUGCCACUAGCCAGGGAGAGAGGGAGAGGGGCCGUGGGCUCCUUCAGUGACAGCCACAGCGGCUGGGUCGUCCCCGGUGCCCUUCACCUAACUCUGCGUUUCCAGAGGCCUCAGGCUGCAAGGGGGAUGCAGUGCGUAUUGAAAGGUAAACGAUCUGAAAAGUCAAUUAAAAUGAAAGAAUAUGUGUGUGCGUGUGUACACGCACAUGCACAAACAUAUAUAUACAUACAGUUGACCCUUGAACAAUGUGGGGGUUCAGGGUGCCAACCACCCCCUGCACAGUUAAAAAUCCAUGUAUAACUUUUGACUCCCCAAAAAGGUCCUAACAGCCUGCUAUUGACUAGAAGCCUUACCAAGGACAUAAUCAAUCAACACAUAUU